GUCAUUCAUUCGAAGACACCACUUAUAUCGUUACAAUGCCUGUUCGCACCCGAAAGUUGAAGCCGACUUCCAAGUCCUCUGCGCAGUACCCCUGCAUUAGAUGUGGGGAGGAAGUCUCCUCCAAGCAGCACGCUUUUCAGUGCGACGGUUGCCACCAUUGGCAACACCGGCGUUGUUGCCCAGGUAUCACCUUGGCGUUUUACAGAGACGCAAUGAAAAGCGAAGACCAAUUCGCUUGGAAGUGCACCCUGUGUGUUGCAGCUAUGCCAGUGCUAAGGGAUCCAACUGCCAAUGGAGAACUGGCCUACCAGUGGACCAGAUCACCAACAAGUGUUGUGCAGCGUGCUUCAAUCGUAUCGCUAGGAAGCUAGGCACGGACGGGACAGAGCUAGAAGGCACUGGGACCACGCCACCACCGGAUGGACAAGAACCAGUCAUCAACGAAACCUCAAGAUGGACUGAAGAGGAGAUGGAGAUUGCCAAAGAAGGUUUGCUGAAACAUGGCCGAGACUGGGCCUCCAUUUCCAAAUCCGUCGGUACCAAGACAGAAGCUCAGUGCAAGAACUUCUACUUCAACUACAAGAGGAAAUUUAACCUGGAGCAAAUCCUGGAGGAGCACAACAGGAAAGCUAAGGCGGAAAGGGAACACCGCAUCUCCACCACAGAAAGCACCGUUUCUACGCUGACGGCCAUGUCGGAUGACGAUGAUGAUUCCAUGAUGUUCAGCGACGAAGACAACGAUGCUGACAAUGACCUGGGGAGCUCAGACACUGACAGCGCCAGCGAGAACGAAGGAGAUGGCUUGCCCAGAAAGCCUAAGAAAGGAGGCGGAGGAGAGGUGGAUCUUGGAGCAGCUGAGCCGAUGGAGGUGGGAGCUCCUAGUGGAGGGUCUGGGAUGGCUCCGAGUAGCGCCGGUGGGGACAACAAGGGGAGUUUACCGGACACAGGGCAUGACAAAAACCAGUCGGGAAACGACAAGGGUGGUGGUAGGGCAAGCGAACAACAAGAGGGGGCCAGACGCGAGGUUGCAAACCCCGAACAACAACCAAAACAGCAGCAGAUGGUAGACGCUGACGCUGCUAAGAAGCCGACAUCAGAAUCGCAGCAACCUCCUGGUCCAUCCUCUCAACCCGACAGGUCAUCUCUGACAUCAGAGAUGCCGUCAACCCAUGCCGAACUCCCCCCGGGACCGACCCUCACUUCGUCGCGCCCGCGUGAUGAUGACGACUCCAGCGCUACCUGCAGUGCAGACGAAGAUGUGGAAGCCGUGGUUAUCCAAGAACCGACCAACUCCUCAAUGAUGCCACUGACUCGCAGAGCCCUGGAGAGUCAAGGACAGGGAGGCGACAAAGUCUCCUCAAGCGACGAGAAGCGAUACAUCCGCUCACUCCACCAGCUUCCAACCAGCAGAGAGCGAUUAGGAGAACUCUCCUCCUCAUCGCAACCUCCAUCCCAGCCGCCAGCUCAGGCCCUACCGGAACGUAGGCAAUCUAGGGUGGAGGCCCCUGUGGAUGCCACCAGCUCGGGGAAGCCUAACCAGACCCUGGCCGAGUAUCUCGGAAUGGAAGGCAAAGUCAAUAACAUCAAGGAUUUGAUUGACUCGGCCAUUGACAGGCAUCUUGGAAAUUCCUCCACUGCUAGUUCUCCCGGCCAGCAGGACUCGGUGACAAGCAACCCUUCGAGUCUCUCCGAUCCCCGUCGGAGUCCAGCAUCUGCCAAGGACCCCAAAGAUUCCCAAGAAGGCCGCCGCUCCUCAGAGAGCAUGUACAGAGACAUGCACUCGGGGCGCAGCUCCUCCUGGGCAGACUCCAGCGACAGCAAAGACCGUCGGCCGUCUGUGUCUAGAGCAGACCCUGGCAUGGCGUACGUCUCGCCCCACAUCUCCCACACAUCUCAAGUCCAUCAGAGAACCCAACAACAGCAACAGAAGCAGCUGCAGGAUCGGGAUGUCUAUGAAGUGGGAAGCAGCCACCCGGAUAUACCCAGUAUGAGGUACCCAAGCGGAGCCAUCGGUCGGGCGUUGUACCCAGGCACCCGCUACCCACGAGACGCCCAUGGAGAGAUCUACCCAGACCGGGAUCAACACCCUCAUGUCUCCUCCCCUCCUGGUGUAGCCCCUGGAGCCCGGCCGGCCAGGUCUGGUUCCCCAUUUGCCCUGGUACCCAUGGACAGGGUUUCACAGUCGCAGCAGCAGCACCGGCCUAUCCCGCAUUCCAGAUCCACGAACGUGCCACCACCCCCUCCGCUGAUCAACAAGUUAUCACCCAAGGCCAUCAAGACUGAGAAGCCAUCCCCGCUAGGCCAGCCCCACAGUGGAUCUAUCACACAGGGUACUCCUAUUAACUUCUCCACAGCAGGCAACCCUCCCACAAGUCGAUAUGAGAGGCCCCCAGCGGGCUAUGACGGCCUCCUUGUCAAGGGCCAGCCGUCAGCGACAUCCCCACGGCAGGAGGGGGUAGCAGGUGGAGGGGGUUCCAUUACCCAGGGCACACCCAUCAACAGAGGGGGACGGGAGAUGGCAGGGUCUAUCAUGAGGGGGACACCGAUGCAAUCCCAGUCCCAUGAACCCUCCGGAUCUAAAGAUUCCAGAGUUAACCAUGAGAGUCAACGAACCACUCCCAGCGGUUACGAAGCGGGCACAUCGAGAAGUACCCCGGUCUCCUAUGAAGGGGACCGGCCACGGGUCACCCAGGCAACCUCCCGUCACGAUCAACUCAUGCAUCGCAGUAUAUAUGAAAACGCAUUGGCUAGAGGGUCACCGGUGUAUGUGGAUACCAGUGGAACUGUACGAGCAACCAACCCAUUUGAGCGUCCCAUGCCCCACAUGGAUCCGUCAGCAUUGUACCUGGCACACCAACAGCAACGGGAUUACAUGAAUCUGAUGGCCAGAUCAAGUCAGCCAGACACAACGUCCUUCAACAGCUCCAAGGAAACACUAGCCGGUGAUUUUGCAACAGCAAAACAGAUGAGCAUGCGGACCUCCACAAUUGCAGGGGACUAUGCAACAGCCAAACAGAUGAGCCAACAGCAACAGCAACAGCAGCAACAACAACAACAGCAGCAGCAGCAGCAGCAGUUGCCGCAUCAACUGGUAGGCCAGCCAAUCACUCCACAGAUGGCACAGCAGAUCAGCCAAUCAGUGGCCCAGCGUGGUAGCCAGUACCCACCAACCACCACCAAGGAUUCCAGACUGUCUCCUAGACGAGAGUCGCCCAUGUCUAAGAACUUUCCUCCAGGACAGCAACAUGUCUUAGAUCCACAGAUCCAGCAACAGAUGCUGCAACAAUAUGCACAGAGUGGACAGAUUGUCUACCUGCCCUAUUUCCCCCCGGGUCAUUCCCACAUACUAGCUCAUCAGCACUACCCAGGGGGUAUCCCCUCCCCCCACCACCCCCACCCCUCCAUCAGUCCCCACACCACGCAGGCACACCCGUCAUCCCAACACCCUGCCCACAGCGACCGACGCACAACCUCUCCAAUGCAGCAGCAGCAGCAGCAGCAGCAGAGAGAAGUCACGUCACCGGCUGAACACUACGCCCAGCAGCAAGCCGUGAAUUUAUCCCACAGAUGGCCUGCGCCUCCAAGUGUGGGUGCCGUGCGCUUCAAGCUCCCACCCAGGGGGUCCAGCCCGGGUGCCCAUCCGGGCUCGGGGGUGCACCCUGUCACCCAUCCGGGUUCCUUCCCAUCAACGUGCUCCCAUCCUGCCACCGCUGCUCAUAGCAUCACCACAGUCCACCCGGCCUACUCCGCCCAUCUCCCCGGUGCCCAUAUGGUGGGUAGCAGCCACCCAGGAGCCCAUCACAUGAGAGGUACAAUGGGCGGGAGCAUCAUGACGGGGACACCCAUCAGGCCUCCACCCAGUAUCACCUCGGGAACGCCCAAUCCAGAGCUGAGGGAGGAAACGCCAAGAAGUCGAGCAGAAAGCACUUCAGGAUCUGGUGGUAGCAAGUCUCCUGGUGCAGCUAGUGGUUCGGAAGCUUUUCGCACACUUGUCCAUGUAGCUGCCUCAGCUGAAACACUUGGAACAGCACAGGAAAAAGAAGCAAGAAGACAGCAACAAGCCAUUCAUGAGAGUAGAGAGCGUGAUGCCAGCUCCUCUAGCGAAUCCCACAGCUAUCCACGACGACCAUACUCAACUGGUUCCAGCCACUCGGGUCCAAGCCAAGAGCGGUGGAUCUCUACGUCAUCUGAUAACCAGAUGGCCCAUCGGGAAGCUGCCCCGUCUGGAAGCAGUCGCUUGACGCCCAAGGGACGGGAAUCAGAGAGUAAAGAGAGGAAGGAGGAGGUCAGACACAAGGAGCAACAGCAGAGAAACCACAAUAUGGAACGAGAAGCCUCAGCCAUUUUUGCUGCUCUCUUUGAGAAGGACAAGCAGUCAUCCCGGGUCUCAACUGAAGAGGACUCGGAGAGCUCCAGCCGCCCACUGACGGCGGCCAGUCUGAUUGAUGUGAUCAUCACACGCUCCAUCAACCAACCCAUGUUGGACAAUCAUGACCAAGGGACUGACUCGGACAGCGGUGAUGGGUUGUCUGUUGGACCGAGCGUGGCUUCCUCCAAAGAGAAGUCCAGCAAGAAUGUGUCCGACUCAGACUCGCUGCAGCCGGAGAAUGGAGACAGUAAUGCUGUACCCUCAUCGUCAACAGAGCGUUCUCCAAGUUCAGGAAAGGAUCCGAAGCAACAAGAGAAGGAGGCAUCUGGAGAACAGCAGGAAAGGCCUCAGGAAAGCCUGGUCCCGGUGACUUCACCAUCCCCACUACCCAUUACCCUGGCUGAACAUAUAGACACUAUCAUCUCCAUGGACUACAAUAAAUCUGACCAGGUGAGUCAGGCAUCUACAUCAGCAGCCACUUCUGCCACCGGAAGCUCAUCCUUGAAGCGAGAUCGUGUAAAGCCAUCAGGUGUGGAUACCACAGAAAGCCGGGAACAGGGACCAUCCUCUAGCUCUCCUCGUGCUAGAUACAGGACACCAGAUAGUGAAGUCGGAUCAACCAAUGAUGCAGCAAGGAGAAGCAGCCCAGUUGCCUCAUCCCUGCAGAGUAUCCAUGGUGCUCGCAGCAGCAGCAGCAGUAGUGACUCCAGAAUGAGGAAUUCGGGAUUGAUGUCUUACGGUGGGCCUGCGGAACCGAGUGUCAAUAGCUCCAAAGAAGGUAGUCCAAGAAGCAGGGCUGCCUCCACAGCUUCUGAUAUAUCAAGUGCUUCUGCAUCCCCAGCCAGUGCCAGACCGGACAGCUACUCAAACAGGGUUUCCUCCCAGUGGGGUUCACGUAAGGACCAAGAAGCGACAUCUGCUGGUAGGGUCUCAAGGAGCUCAUCGGAACAGAGUCGAGAGGCUUCACCAGUCAGUGUCAGUGAUAUGACUCCAUCUGCUGUGUCUUGGCAGAGGAAGUAUCAACAGGAAGGUAAUGGAGCCGACAGCAGUGAGAAUGCUACCAGAGGAUCCCAGCCACGAUUCAGGGUCCACAGCUCUCAGUCAACCUCCCCACACCAGCCAGAAAGCUGGGGAAUGGCUGAUUCCAACCGGCCACCAUCUCGAGGUAGACGCAGGGACUCACCAAAGACCAUUGUGGAGCCUGGAUCAAGCUCCUCUUCUGUGCUGGAUGCAGCCUCAAGCAGCGAAGACAGAUCUCGUUUUACUCCUGGUCCUGCAGAGAGUGGAGUCAGCGAUAGCCAACGGCAGCUCAGCAGCAGCCAAUCAGGCCUCAAGUCCAGAUCAGAAGCUGAGAGCUCUCGCAGCAACAACCCAGCUCCCCAGAGCACCUCUCAUGAGUACAACUCAGAUAGUCCUCUGCAACCUGCUGAUAGUAUGUCCCAAAUGAGACAGUCUCUGAUGGGUACAGGCCAAUCAGUGGUGAAUAGAUCUCCAAAGAAUGGACAACCAAGCAUGCUUCCAAGCAGCAGUCAAGGUAGACAGCCUCAGAGGAAGGACACUGGCUUGUUCCGGUUUGAUCUCCAGAAGUCCAUCGACCGUAUGAUUGAAUCUCAAGUGAGGAUGGAGACACCAUCCAGGAUGGACCAGCAGGUCAGAAUGGAUGAUUAUGUGACGCGGCUUGUGGAGGCUGAGAUGUCUAGCUCUCGGUCUUCUCCACAGCGCUGCGAUAGCAGAGAGAGCACCAGCACGGCCGAGUCUGGUGCCCUGGAGGUGGAUGAAAGCCGACUGUCUGAUGUCUCAGACUUGGACAAUCACGAGGCAGAAUCAGUCCAGCAACCAAAUGUCUCACAGCAGCGUCCUAGAGGUUCAAGCCCGAGACUGCCUUCCCGAGAUAACAGGGAGGGGGAAGCAGCUCCAAGUUCAACACCUGUUGAUGGUGCUGCAAGGCUGAGUGUGGGCUCUUCAAGUGGAAUUGGUAGUAACAGGGCAUCAGGUGUUAUCUCUCCAAAUAUAGCCGCACAGCCUCAGCUCGAUCCCUCUAACCAACCAAGCCAAUCAGUACCCACUUCCUCACCAUCCCCUGUCUCUCACCAGGUUUUCCCAACCUUGGGCACCGGGCAGACAGGGAACCAGUUUGCAUAUUCAGCCUUAUCGUUCAGAUCAGCGGCAGGAGUAGCCCCUGCUGCCUCCUCCUCUACAACAAGCUCCGCCCAGAACCAUCUAGCCAACGUUCAUCUCAGGAUCCCCUCCCCCCACCUUGGACCCGCUAGGGGGCCAUCACCAGUCCCUGGUCCAGGAAUAGCUGGUGUUCGUGAGAGGGAACCAGCACCUUUGCUGUCCUCUCAGUACGAGACCCUAUCAGAUAGUGAUUAACCUAGAUAAGUAGGAGAUUACAAAUAGUGUUGUUUGUUAAGUUGUAGUCGUUAUUAUUGAUUAUUGGAAUCAACGACUUGGUAAUUAAUAUUGAUCUCCAAAGCUUACGGAGAACCUAAGACUGAAGUAUGUUUAUUUUAUGGUUUUUAUUGUCAACUUUCUUACUGAUAUGCACAUCUUUGUGAUAAAAGAUGGACUGACUUUUUUAAACCAUGCAAAAGAUACUCUCUACAGAAGUACAUGUACCAUUCGUGGUGAGAUGUCUUUUUACAGACACAUGGUUACAGGUUAUUUGCAGAAAAAAAAUCUUUAUUUGAUCAGAUUUAAUAUGCCGCUAAACAAGUUUGCCCUGUUUUAUUGCAGAUUUACCAUAUUUGUAAUAACCAUCGCUGUACAAGAAUGCGUUUCUUUGGGCUAAAAACAAAACGACUAAACAAAACCAUGAUUCAAAUUAAGAAUCUAGCUUUAUUUUGAUCUUGAAAAUGAAAAUAUGAUGCCAGUGUUUCGUGAAAAAUUCUGUUAACCUUUGAUUGUUACCCUUUCCUUGAGGAAAAAAAAUGUCCAAGACAUUUUGUUAUUCAUUUGUAAUUUUGUUUUAGUUUUACUGUAGAAAAAAACUGUUAAAACAGUCAAACAUGGUUUUUUUUAGACUUUUAGUUGUGUGUUAAAAGAUUAGGAAAAAAUUUGUCAUUUUGAUGAAAAGUGAAUGUGGCUGCUUUUUAGUAUUAUGAUAAGUUUGGUUGUUUUAAAAAUAGCUUUUGAUGGCAAGAAUGCUCUGAAAUGUCGGCUUGAUAUUCCAGAGCCAUUGUAUCACAAACCCUCCAGAAUCCAUCAAAUUCUGACGCUUCUGUUUGAUUGUUUUUGAUGGUUUCAGGACGUUACAGCCAAUUACUUUGCAAGAGCAUCAUUCAAUGAAUUUUGGGUCCAAAGUGUGAUAUUUUUUUGUUGUUCCUGUUACCUUGGUACUUUGUCAUUUGCCAUUCAAGUAUCAUGAAUGACUUCAAACAAUAAAUUUAUUUAUUGGGUAGGUAGUUUGCUAUUCAUAACCACUCUUGGAGGAUGACUGCAUGAAGAAGUGCAUCAGAAUUAUAAAAUCACAGAUGUUACAUGUAACAGGGACAGGAAAAAAAGUGGACCCCAAAUUUAUAGAAUAACCCAAUAACAUAACGUGGGCAUUGAUGACGAGAGUUGGAUUUUUGGGGACUUCCUUGUCGAAAAUCAUCCCUGUUCUCGCAAAAAUUGCCUGGGUUUAGGGUUAACUAUUUGCUUUUGACGUUUAGCAAAUUUCCCUCUGUAACUGGUUGGUUCUAAGUCCUCCCAAGUCAGUCGUAAGACGUCUCAAGUCACAAGCUCUUCAUAUGAAGAGGAGCAGACAUAACAUUUUCUGUUGCUUGCAAUUUGCUGGUGAUUUGAAUUGUGAUUGACUUUACAACUCUGGUUUUGAAUUGGCCUAACAUUAGCUGGUCACGUACACAAAAGAAAAGUUUAAAAAAUCAUGACAGCAAAUUUUGUGUUCGCACCCCCUGCCAAAAAAAGACGUUUGGCUGUUGUGAGAGAAGUGCGUUAUCUUAUUACAGUGUCAAUAUGAGUGGAACUUUAGGCUGAAAUCUGUAGGUUUAGAAAGCAAAAGUCGGUCCACUAACGAGAAGGGUCACUGAACGCAGUUUCUGAUAGAAACGUGUUUGGUAUGAAGGAUGUACAUAAAGUUGUACUGUUGUUUUGCAGCGCUCAAGUCUGCCUGUUCAUAUUAACUGGCGCUGCAAUUUCUCUGAAACUUCAGUGUUAAUGAUAAGUGUGAUGCAUGACUGUAUGAGUCUCAUUGUUACACAGUCAUAGAUGCACUCCGUCACUCACAAAGCACUUGUGUUAUGAGUAAGCCACUAAGAAGUCGAAUAUCAGCAAGUUUCAGGACCAUUUUAGUCCACUAGUGAUUUAUUUGUGACUUAAUCCUAACACCGCAAAAAAAGAAAGUCCAUGCUCAUGGGGGGGGGGGUCAUAAUUUUGAACCUGAUCGUCUUUAUAAUGAAGUCAUUUAUGUAGACCUUUGGAAAAUUUUGCUAGCUACAUUUUGAUACCCCAUUGCGACCAAAGACUGUGAAUCAUCAAAGAUUGAUAAUGGUUUAUGAAAAAUGAUGCAGUUUGAAAAGUUGCAAAGUUAAAGAUUACGCGAGGAGAAAUUGCUAAGCGCAAACACACAUGCCCAUAAUUGACCCCUAUCGAAUGCACACUGCCCGAACAAAGCGCGGGUAAUUCAAUUUCGCGUGCUCCCAUGCAUACAAGCACUGUGCGAUCGAUAUUUUCUGCCGUUCAUUUUGGGCAGUGUUACAUUGUCACGCAGCAAUUUUCACUUGCGCACUCUUUAAAUUUGCAACUUUUCAAACUGUGUCAUUUUUCAUAAUCUGUUGUCAAUGUUGGACGAUUUACCUUCUUUGGUAGCAAAGGGGAUAUCAAAAUGUAGCUAACUUUCCCCAAAGGUCUAUAUAGAUGACGUUAACACAAAACGAUCAGAUUCCAAAAUUAUGACUCCUCCAAUGAGUAUCGACUUUCUUUUUUGCGGUGUUUACAUAUGUAGGAAAGAGUUC